AUUGUUGGCAUUUUCCGGUCGCUCGAGCUAACUGUCCGACGAAGGAAGCCGAUUGCCCUUAUGAGGAAUGGGAGUGUUUUGUGAGCAGAGCGGUCUCUGUGAAGGCUGAAGGAUGGUCUGAUGGACCGCCGCUUCUUCCUGACUUUCCUCUCCUGCUCAUUGUUGUGGAUUUUCUUCUGGGAAGUGCACUGGAAGAAAGACAAAGACAGUCAGAUUAAAGAAUGGCUCCGAGGACAUAGCCUUUUCCAGUACAGACACUUAUUUGAAGAUGUGCAGACCUUGGAAGAGCUGAGUCUGAGUGUGUUGAGUCGUCUGGAGGAGGUGGUGAAAGAACAGCAGCGCUGGGGGGAGAUUGCAGAGGCUAACAUCCAGCUGCUCCGAGACUUUGCUUUCCAGGAGUGGCUUUGCUCACAAAACCUGGAACAUUACUACGAUACGCUGAAGACCUUAGGUUGUAUGAACCUAGAUGAUCUCUCUCAGUUUGACAAUACACAGCAGCUUUCUCUAGCUGCUUGGGGUUAUUACUACGAAGAUUACAUCAAGUUGUCCACUGGCAUCAAGAUCCUCCAGAAAUCCCGGGGAAGCCGUGACCAGGACUACGAGAUCCGGCUGGUCCACAGCCUUGCAGAGAGGCGUCUGAAUGAAAAGUGGUCUGUUGCUGGUUCUCUUAUAUUUGGCUGUACUGUGGCACUGUGCUUUUUGAUAAGGGACCUCAUGUUUUACGUUAUUGGUGGAAUAACUGUUUCCAUCAUAGCUUUUGUCUUCACCAUCAAGUUCCUUUGCGAGCUUGCAGCCAGAGUGGUCAGCUUUCUCCAGAAUGAGGAUCCUGGGCGACGCGGUGACCGCAGCAUCUAUGACUAUGUCCGUGGAAACUACCUGGAUCCACGUUCCUGCAAAGUAUCAUGGGACUGGAAGGAACCACAGGAGGUGGGGCAGACGAUGAGCUUCAGGGUGCAGCUCUUCUAUAAAAAUGGACAGCCUUUUCCUGCUCACCGACCAGUUGGACUGAGGGUCAAUAUUACUCACAUUGAACUGGCCCUGGAUAUCCCCGUUACUCAGGAAGUCCUACAAGAGCCGGAGUCCAAUGUUGUUAAAGUUGCCUUCACUGUGCGCAAGGCAGGUCGUUAUGAAGUUGCUGUGAAGUUGGGAGGACUCAAUGUAGCUUACAGUCCCUAUUACAAAAUAUUCCAGCCAGGAACUGUGGUCCCUUCAAAAACAAAAAUAGCCUACCAUUUUUCAACCCUGGUGCUAACAAAUGGCCAGCAACACACUUUGCAGAUUGAACCAAGGGAUGAAUAUGGAAAUCCCACAAGUAACUCUACAAGUCUGACAGAUGAGGCCAACUACAGUGUCCAUGUGCAUUCGCUGGGUACAGUAGAUGAUGAAAACUUGGAAGACUGCUACAGUAAAUCAGUUUCACUCAACAAGCCACAGUGCCAGGUGCUGCUCAGACUAACCCUGAAGAAGACUGGCUGUUUUAGGGCCCGGAUCUCCUACAAAGACCAGCCACUGAGCAAUGGGGAGUUUGACAUUAUUGUUCUCAGUGAGAAUGAGAAAACCUGUGUAGAGAAGAACGUGUCUACACCAGGCAUCAGUAUCUACUUUGAGGCCUACCUGUACAGCAGUGGGAACUACAGCAGCUCCUCGUGGCAGUUACCAGCCUCCUCUUUGCUGGCUCCUCAGAGAAGACCCUCAAUGGGUGACGAAGAGGAUGAGCACGACUCUCCCGUGGAGGGACAACCAGAGAAGGUCAAGAAACCAAAAAAGGUCUACUGUUACAUAUCGCCAAAGCAACUGUCAGUGAAGGAGUUCUACUUAAAGAUUAUUCCAUGGCGCCUUUUUACCUUUCGAGUAUGUCCCGGAACAAAAUUCACCUACCAUGGUCCUGACCCCGUUCACAAGUACUUGACUUUAGUGGUGGAUGAUGGAAUACAGCCUCCAGUUGAACUUAGCUGCAAAGAGAGAAACAUCAUGGCUGCUACUUUCAUUCGUUUCUUGCACAAAAAUAUUGGUGGCUCUGAAACGUUCCAAGACAAAGUGAACUUCUUUCAGCGUGAACUCAGGCACAUCCACUCCAAGAAACCUCGUACCAAGACCUGCCUAAAAAUUGCCAGACAUACAAUUCUUGAUUCUUCUCUAAAGGCCACAAGAAACUUCUCUGUGUCAGACUGGAGCAAGAACUUUGAAGUUGUGUUCCAAGAUGAAGAAGCUUUGGACUGGGGAGGACCGAGAAGGGAGUGGUUUGAGCUAAUUUGUAAGACCCUUUUUGACACAUCCAACCAGCUCUUCACACGCUUCAGUGACAACAACCAGGGCCUAGUCCACCCAAAUCCUGAUAGGCCUCCCCACCUGCGUCUUAAGAUGUAUGAGUUUGCAGGCCGUGUUGUGGGCAAGUGCCUCUAUGAGUCUGCUUUGGGUGGAGCCUACAAGCAACUAGUCCGAGCCCGCUUUACACGGUCCUUCUUGGCCCAGAUUAUUGGUCUAAGGAUGAACUACAAGUACUUUGAGACCGAUGAUCAGGAAUUCUACAAAACAAAAGUGUGCUUUAUUCUAAACAAUGAUGUGAGUGAAAUGGACUUGGUGUUUGCUGAGGAGAAGUACAGCAAAUCGGGACAGCUGGAGAAGGUGGUGGAGUUAAUAUCAGGAGGGGCUCACAUUACUGUUACCAAUGAAAACAAGAUGCAUUAUCUGAACCUGCUGGCUCAGUACAGACUGGCUAGCCAGGUGAGAGAUGAGGUGGAACACUUCCUGAAAGGUCUGAAUGAGCUGGUGCCAGAAAAUCUGCUGGCCAUAUUUGAUGAGAAUGAGUUAGAGCUAUUGAUGUGUGGAACGGGAGACAUAAAUGUACAGGACUUUAAAGCCCAUGCUGUAAUUGUUGGAGGAUCAUGGCAUUUCAGAGAAAAAGUGAUGAAGUGGUUCUGGGCAGUGGUGUCGAGCUUCACUCAAGAGGAGUUGGCCCGACUACUGCAGUUCACCACUGGCUCCUCUCAGCUCCCUCCUGGAGGGUUCAACACCCUGUGCCCCUCCUUCCAGAUCAUUGCUGCCCCCACACACAGCACUUUGCCCACUGCACACACCUGUUUUAACCAGCUGUGCCUCCCGACCUAUGACUCCUAUGAGGAGCUGCACAAGAUGCUGAAGCUGGCCAUCAGUGAAGGCAGCGAAGGCUUUGGGAUGCUCUGACUCCUCCUUCCCCUGGUACUGUGGUUCCAGCACUGCCCACAGGUUUUAACUCAAUCUCUGUUUAACAGUGGACAUCUCAGCAGAGCUUCAACUUUAUCUCUGCCUGCUAUCUACUGUACUCUCCGAAUGAGAGGACAUCCCCAAAGGCUGCACCUCUAGUGCUACUGGAUGUAUAUAAAUAAUAUACUUUAGGGAAAAAGAAGUGAUAUUGAAACAAUUUAAAGGGGUACUUUUAUUUUGGGUUGUAUGAGCUUUCCUUGGUUUUAUGCAUUUGAUUGAUUUAAGUUUGUGAGUAAAGGCCUUGAGUAUUGCUACUGUAACUACUUUUUUUUUUUUUUUUUUGCAAAUGUAAGUGCAACAGCUGCUUUCAGCGACAUGGGUGACAUGUGCACCUGCAGCACUUUGGCCUUAACUGAUCAGGGACUGAUAUGUGUGUAAAUAUAAGACAUCACUCUUUAUUUCACCACCUGUACAUACUAGUGACUGUAAAUAUGUUCUUGUGUUUGGACUUUUAAAGAGAAGGGACUUCUUCACUGCUGCACGUUGGGGUUGACUCCAUAUAUAUAUAAUUUAUAUUUGUGGUUAUGAUGAAGUUUUUUUUUUUUUUUAAAUAAGCCAAGCUAUUUGUCAUUGAAAUAUUGUUAUUAUUUGUAUGUUAAUGUAAUUUAUUGCAGUUUAUGUUUUUUUCUGGUGUAUGUCUGAACAGUAUGUUUUUGUUAUCUUUUAUAACCUGCCUUAUUCAUGACCUCUGCCUCUGAUUGUAUAUCCAGGAAGGUACAGAUGGUGGAAAUGGUAGAAAUGAACAGCUAAUAUACUGGCAUUUUGCAAACGUACACAUCCAAACAUGUGGAACAAUUGGCUGGAUAGAAAGAAACACUAGUGUUAUACAUGCUAUGGUAUUAAUGAUUUGGACUUUGCUUGUUGUUCGUUUACCUCAGAUUCUUCAAAGCCUAUGCAUUCACUUGUACAUGUACAGUGUAUGUUUAUAAAAAAACACCCAAUUGUUCCAUAAUGUAAGUACACUGAAGCAUGAUGGGGACUGAAAAGACAUUUAUUUAUUUUAUUUUUUUUAGCCAACAAAGAAUUUUAGCAAAGGGCCAGUCUUACUGUCAUCAGUUUCUUUUGUUAUAAUUAUAAACGUCACCACAUUUUCAAAAUAGUGAAAGAAAAAAAAAGUGUCUUGUUUGUAGUUUGGCCGGCCUUUCCAGUGUUAAGUCCAUAUGGCUGUGUGGGUGGUGCAAUGCUGACAUGGUGUCCUUAGAAAAGAUGAGAAAGCUCAAUCUCACAGAGAGUACUAUAGGUGCAUGUGCCUCAUAGAGACGAGGGAAGGUCUUCAGUUUUGCUUAGCUUUCAUCUGGCAUUUACUCCUGAUCCAUGUGUUAUGUUUGGGCGUUUCUGGAUUAGUCUGCCCUUUUAGCAGUGUAGAUAUUGUGAAAUAAUGACCCAUGCUUUUGAAAGCUGGGUUUACUUUUCUUUUUUAAUGGCAAUUCUCUGCUGAUGAAUGUUUUAGAUUCUGCACUGCAGGUUCUUUAAUAUGGGAAUAAAACAAUGGACUGAACUUUAA